AGGGGAGGAAGGGGGCUCGCGCGCAGGCGCAUGCGCAGGGGCCGGGCCCGCUUUGCCUCGUCGAAGGAGUCUCUGAGGGAAAGAGCCGCGGGAGCAGGAAGCAGCCCUGGCCUCCCCCGCCGCCGCCGCAGCCAUGUCCCUGGGCCAGUACGAGCGACACUGCGACUCCAUCAACUCCCUCGACUUCGAGAAUGACUCCUCCGGCCGCAGCAGCGGCGCCCCCCGGCCUGCCCCGGCCUUGGCUGGCGAGCAAGAGGAGCUGCACUACGCCCCCAUCCGCACCCUGGGCCGCGGCGCCUUCGGGGAGGCCACGCUCUACCGCCGGACUGAGGAUGACUCACUUGUUGUGUGGAAGGAAGUGGAUCUUACCAGAUUAUCAGAAAAAGAGCGGCGUGAUGCUUUGAAUGAGAUUGUUAUUCUUGCUCUACUGCAACAUGACAACAUCAUUGCCUAUUAUAAUCAUUUCAUGGAUAACAACACUCUGCUGAUUGAGUUGGAGUACUGCAAUGGAGGAAAUCUCUAUGAUAAGAUCCUACGGCAGAAAGACAAGUUGUUUGAGGAAGAGAUGGUGCUGUGGUACCUCUUUCAGAUUGUAUCAGCAGUGAGUUGUAUUCACAGAGAAGGAAUACUUCAUAGAGAUAUAAAGACACUGAAUAUCUUCCUCACCAAAGUAAAUCUAAUCAAACUGGGUGACUAUGGCUUGGCAAAAAAGCUGAACUCUGAGUAUUCCAUGGCUGAAACUUUGGUAGGAACUCCAUAUUACAUGUCUCCAGAGCUUUGCCAGGGAGUAAAAUACAACUUUAAAUCUGAUAUCUGGGCAGUUGGCUGUGUUGCCUUUGAGCUCCUCACACUGAAGAGAACGUUUGAUGCAACAAAUCCCUUGAAUCUCUGUGUGAAAAUUGUGCAAGGGAACCGGGCAAUGGAAGUUGAUUCCAGUGUUUAUUCUCUGGAUUUCAUCGAGAUGGUACACUCCUGCCUUGAUCAGGAUCCUGAGAAGAGGCCUACUGCUGAUGAGCUGCUUGAGAACCCUGUUAUCAGCAAGCGCAGGAGGGAAAUGGAGGAGAAAGUUGUACUGCUUAAUGGCCCAAAUAAACGACCAAGAACCAGUACCAUGAAUGAUGCUCCCAUUGCUGUGGUGACUUCACGUACCAGUGAAGUAUAUGUAUGGGGGGGUGGGAAGUCCACUCCUCAGAAACUGGACGUUAUUAAAGGAGGCUGCAGUGCACGACAAGUCUGUGCAGGAAACACCCACUUUGCACUGGUGACAGUAGAGAAGGAGCUCUAUACCUGGGUGAACAUGCAAGGUGGCACCAAAUUGCAUGGUCAGCUGGGGCAUGGAGACAAAGCCUCUUAUCGACAGCCAAAGCAUGUGGAAAAACUGCAGGGAAAAGCUAUUCACCAAGUGUCUUGUGGAGAUGACUUUACUGUUUGCAUUACAGAUGAAGGUCAAGCCUUUGCCUUUGGCUCAGACUACUAUGGCUGUAUAGGUGUAAACAAAGCAUUUGGCUCUGAAGUAUUAGAGCCCAGGCAGCUGAAUGUCUUCCUCAACAACCCAGUGGAGCAGGUUUCCUGCGGAGAUAACCAUGUUGCAGUGCUAACCCGAAACCGAGAAGUCUACACAUGGGGCUGUGGAGAAUAUGGGCGCUUAGGUUUGGAUUCAGAAGAAGAUCACUGGCUCCCACAAAAGGUGGAAAUCCAGAAGGCUUCCAAUAUUGUUUCAGUCCAGUGCGGCAGUGAUGGGACAUUUCUGCUCACACAGACAGGCAAGGUCUUGGCUUGCGGUCUGAAUGAAUUCAACAAGCUGGGCCUGAACCAGUGUACUUCAGGGAUCAUUAAUCAUGAUGCUUACCAAGAAAUUGCCUAUACAACUUGUUUUACUUUGGCCAAGAAACUGUCCUUUUACAAGAUUCGCACCAUUGCACCAGGAAAGACACACACAGCUGCCAUAGAUGAGCGGGGUCGUUUGCUUACCUUUGGCUCCAACAAAUGUGGGCAGCUGGGUGUCGGAAACUAUAAGAAGCGGCUGGGUAUUAAUCUUCUGGGAGGACCACUUGGAGGGAAGCAGGUCAUCAGGGUUUCCUGUGGUGAUGAAUUCACUAUAGCUGCUACAGAUGAUAACCAUAUAUUUGCCUGGGGUAAUGGUGGGAAUGGUCGUUUAGCAAUGACACCAACAGAGAGAGCUCACAGUUCUGAUAUUUGUACAUCGUGGCCUCGACCCAUUUUUGGUUCCCUGCAUUAUGUCCCAGACUUGUCUUGUCGUGGAUGGCAUACCAUCAUAAUUGUUGAAAAAGUUAUAAAUUCUAAAAUCCUCCGUUCCAGUAGUAGUGGCCUGUCCAUUGCAACAGUGGCUCAAAGCUUGACAGCUGAAGGAGGAGAAGAGGAAGACAGUGAGCGAGAGACUGAUAUCCCUGAUCCAAGCAGGGGUUUCCGGGGAACCAUGGAAGCUGACCGUAAAAUGGGAGAUCGCAUCUGUGCUAAUGAAGCUAUUACAGAUAGCAGUGCUGCCUGCAGCUCUUGCCCCAGUUGGUUACGCAAGGAGUUGGAGAGUGCCGAGUUCAUCCCCAUGCCUGAAACUCCUUCUCUCGCAAGCCUAGAAUCUGAAUCUGACAAAGAAACUCUUCCCUAUGAUGAACUGAAAGGACUCCACAUGGCUCCUCCAACACCUAUUGAUAAUAACAAGACCAAUGCAGGUUCCUGGCGCCUUCCAGAUUCAGCAGAACCUUGUAGUGGUGAAAACACCUCUGCAGUACCAACUCCAUGUAAAUGCAGUUUACUGCAGGCUGAAGUGGAGCGCCUGAGUAGCUUAAUCUCGAAGUGCUUGGCUGACCAGGAGAAGCUUCAGCAGGAAACCAGCCGCCUCAAUGCUCAGCUCCAGAGUCUCAUCAAAAGGACACAAGGAACCCAGGAGAAGAUGGAGGCUAAUUCCAAAGCCACACAAACCACCAAAGAAGAAACGGAAAUGGAUCCAAAGCCUGACUUGGAUUCCGACUCCUGGUGCCUUCUGGGAACUGAGUCAUGCCGCUUCAGCCUGUAGUCUUCUGAGUCUACUAGGAUCCAUCCAAUUUCACAUCAUAUUAACUGAAUGCAGAGAGCAGCUUUCCUGGCUUCAGGUCCUUUGUGAACAAGGAGGUCAGGAUCUUCACAGCAUCCAUGUAUGGAAGAAGGGAAGCACU